AAUAAAGUAUUAGCUGCUAUUCACCUACAACAAUCUUUGUUUUAUUUUCCUGCAGAAAAGCACAUAUGGGCAACAAAAAGUCAACCCCACCACCACCAAAAGAAUUUGACCAAGAAUGGAGGAAAACUGACUGGAGUAAACAAAAGAGAAAUGCCAUGGUGGAUGAACUGAAGAACUUAAAUCUGGAUGAUCCUGAGGUGGGGCUGCUGAGAUGCCUGCUAAUUGGACCAGUAGGAGCAGGAAAGUCCAGCUUCAUUGAUUCAGUCAACAACAUCUUCCAAGGUCGUAUAACACAAAGUGCCCUGGUAGCAUCAAUUUCUCAAAAAAGCUUCACCAAGAAAUACAAAACACAUUACAUAAAAAAUGGAGCAAACCGUCUUCCUAUUGCAUUUAAUGAUAUCAUGGGCCUGGAGAAUGAAGAUGAAUGUGGGAUACAUCCUGAUGAUAUCAUCAAUGCACUCAAGGGCCAUCUAAAAGAGGGAUACAUGUUCAAUCCUUCUGCAGCAAUAACCACUGAAGAUUUGAAAUACAAUUCGAACCCAAGCUUAAGUGACCAGGUUCACUGUCUGGUGAAUGUAAUGCCAGCAGACAAAAUACAGCUCAUGUCAGAGAAAGUCUUAACCAAAAUGAAGAUGAUCAGGGGAAUAGCCAGUGAACUGGGCAUCCCUCAAGUUGUUGUCAUGACCAUGACAGACAAGGCUUGUCCACUGGUGAACAAUGAUCUGAAGAAAAUCUACACCAGCAUGGAGAUCAAAAAGAAGAUGCAGAUGUGCAGUAAUGAGCUGGGUGUUCCAGUGAACUGCAUCCUGCCAGUGAAGAACUACCAUGAGGAGGGUGGGCUGGAUAACGACGUGGACAUCCUGAUACUGAACGCCUUUUCUCAGAUUGUACACCACAGCAAUGACUACAUCUGGGACUGCCGACAAAAUCCUCGUCCCUCACGACCUUCAUAGGUUUCACACCACCUAAAUAAAAUAUAAAGAGAUUAACAAGCCCUGCAGUAUACUCCCAUAUAUGUACAACCUGUCAAAUUAGUCUUUAUGGGGCUUUCAGUUAGCUGGCAUGAACUAUCGAAUGAAUUGGUAGCUUCCGCAUUCUGUUGGAGAGUUAGAACUUUUUGGAUGAUCAAGGUAUAAAAAAAUAUAUGUACUCAUGCUUUGAGCAUUGUGUGCUGUAGAAAUUGUAUUGUGUAUUCCUUUAACGUUUCUCUUUUUUUUAAGUUCACCAUAUUUGGUUAACCCAGGUAGGAGAUAUUACA